GGGACUCGGAGGAGCGUUUUAAACAUGGCGGCCAAGGCGCUCCGUCAGCGAAGCCGACGAGGCAGCAAACAAGAUCCGAACCACGUCAACGUCUCUGCAGAGGCUCGUACGCCGAAAGAGGAGAAAGGGAGUGAAGAUAGUAAAGUUACAGACGCUGGGCAAGAGGCAAUAAGUCGUGGUGGGCAGGUAUGGGCCCCGGAAGGCUCGACCGCGUUUAAAUGUCUGCUGUCGGCACGCUUCUGCGCAGCGUUGCUGAGCAACAUCUCCGACUGCGAUGAGACCUUCAACUAUUGGGAGCCUAUGCACUACCUGCUUUAUGGCACAGGGAUGCAAACGUGGGAAUACUCGCCAUUGUAUGCCAUCAGGUCCUACGCUUAUUUAUGGCUUCACGCUUUGCCGGCCUGUUUGCACGCCCAUGUACUGCAGACAAGCAAGGUGUUGGUCUUCUACUUUGUGCGAUGCGUCCUCGCAUUCUGCUGCUGUGUCUGCGAGCUCUAUUUCUACAAGGCUGUUUGUAAGAAAUUCGGUUUGCACGUGGGACGACUGAUGCUGGCUUUUCUCGUCCUGAGCACCGGAAUGUUCAGCUCAUCUGCAGCAUUCCUGCCAUCCUCUUUCUGCAUGUACACCACGCUGGUCGCCAUGACAGGGUGGUUCCAGGACUCCACGCCGUUAGCCAUUGCGGGCGUAGCUGCCGGCGCCAUCGUUGGCUGGCCUUUCUCUGCUCUGAUCGGGGUGCCAAUUGGAUUUGACUUGCUUGUAAUGAAGAAGCAGUGGAAGGAUUUUAUGAUGUGGUCUGCUGUUGCUCUGCUGUUACUGCUGGGUCCCUUGGUUGCAGUGGACUCUUACUUUUAUGGCAAACUGGUGGUGGCCCCUCUUAAUAUUCUUCUCUAUAAUGUCUUCACACCACAUGGACCCGAUUUGUAUGGUACGGAGCCGUGGUACUUCUACUUUGUGAACGGGGCCCUAAACUUCAACCUGGUUUUUAUUCUGGCACUUUUUUCCCUGCCACUCACUGCUAUCAUGGAGACGCUUCUGCACAAAUUCAAUGUGCAGAACCUGGGCCGUCCCUACUGGCUGACCUUGUCACCCAUGUAUCUGUGGAUGUUGGUUUUCUUCACCCGGCCUCACAAAGAAGAACGCUUUCUCUUUCCCAUCUACCCCCUCAUCUGCCUCAGCGGCGCUGUGGCCCUCUCAUCUCUACAGAAAUGUUACCACUUCCUGUUUCAGCGUUACCGUCUGGAGCACUACACGGUCUCCUCCAAUUGGUUGGCGCUUAGUGCUGUGGUGGUUUUUGCUGCGGUGUCACUCUCUCGCUCCGUCGCCCUCUUCAGAGGCUACCACGCCCCCCUUGACCUAUACCCCGAGUUCCUGCGCAUCGCCAGAGACACGAGCCUGCACUCGGUCCCCGAAGGCAGACCGGUCAGCGUUUGUGUGGGCAAGGAGUGGUACCGCUUCCCGAGUAGCUUCCUUCUUCCUCACAACUGGCAACUUCAUUUCAUCCAAAGUGAGUUCAGAGGUCAACUACCCAAGCCGUACGCUGCGGGCCCUCGGUCCACGCAGAUCAUACCUAAUGAUAUGAACAACCAAAAUCUGGAGGAGCCCAGCAGAUAUGUGGACAUCCGGCACUGCCACUACCUGGUAGACCUGGACACAGAAGAAGAAACACUACGUGAGCCACGCUACGCAGCAAACAAAGAAGAGUGGAACAUCAUUGCCUAUAAGCCUUUUCUCCACGCUUCCAGGUCCUCGCCGAUCUUCAGAGCGUUUUACAUCCCGUUCCUCUCUAACCAUCACACCAGCUACAGACGCUACGUAAUCUUAAAACCCCGGCGGUCAAAGCAGCCACGUGGGCGAGGCCACGGCUGACCUUUGAACCUGGGCUUCACUCCGACGCAACAACAGUAUCCUUCCCUUUGACUUGACAUGUUGCGUGUUUUGAAACAUUCGUCUUAAGGAAUGAAGAUAAGGACCCUUUAAGGACUUUGUGUGUCUGUGUGUGCAUGUGAAAACAAUUCCACGGGUUGUCUACAGGCAGUAAGUUUGUGUGUCACUGUGUCUCGUGUGUUAUAUCUGUUUCCCUUCAGACUGCAAGUGCGGCUUGAAUGCAUUCAGUGGAAUCAUGUCAUCAAAAUGUUUACUAAGGUGUGACUGGUGAGAAUGAAUGGAAAUCAAAAAAUGUGACACAAUCAUUUUGUUUUUAAAUAAAAUAACAGCACCACUGUC